GUGGUGGGGGCGGCCCGUUACUAACCACUGCACCGCGCAGGAGCUCUGGCAACAACGACAACGGAGGAUUGUGAAGCAUAGGAAUACUGCCAGCGAAAUAACAACAGGAAAAGAAAGCUAUCGGAAUACUGUGGAGAGGAUGGCAGUGAAUGUGCAUGCCACAUCUGUCUCUUGUGACACCCUGAGCCGACAUGACAUGUUGGCGUGGCUCAAUGAUUCUCUGCAUCUCAACUACACCAAGAUUGAACAGCUAUGCUCAGGUGCUGCGUACUGUCAGUUCAUGGACAUGCUGUUCCCAGGCUGUGUCCUGCUAAAGAAGGUUAAGUUCCAAGCCAAGCUGGAACAUGAGUACAUACACAACUUCAAGGUUCUCCAAGCGGCCUUCAAAAGGAUGGGAGUGGACAAAAUAAUACCGGUGGAAAAGCUGGUGAAAGGAAAGUUUCAGGACAACUUUGAGUUUGUUCAGUGGUUCAAGAAGUUCUUCGACGCCAAUUAUGACGGGAAGGAGUAUGAUCCUCUGCAAGCCAGACAGGGGCAAGACAUGGCUCCUGCCCCGAAUCCAGGUGAUCACUUUUACCACAGACCAAAGAAAACUCAUGGCCCUCCAGGCCCACAGAGGAUGUCGCCCACGGUGCCCAAGAUCAUGCCCACGCCUCAGAGAGUGCUGAACAACACGGUGAAUGUGAGAAAGGGCCCGGCCUUGGCACGGAACGGGGGCAGCGACGCAGAGCUCAUGGAGCUCAAUCAACAGUUGAUGGAGCUGAAGUUGACGGUGGACGGACUAGAGAAGGAGAGAGAUUUCUACUUCAGUAAGCUGAGAGACAUUGAGCUUAUCUGCCAGGAACAUGAGAGCGACUCCAAUCCGCACCUAUCCAGAAUCAUGGACAUUCUCUACGCAACUGAGGAUGGCUUUGCUGCACCAGAUGACGAUGAGAUUGACGAACAAGCCCACUUAGACCAGGAUGAAUAUUGAGACUCCUUCACAUUCUGUCUGUACUUACCCUCUCCUUCCUCUAAACCCAUUCUGUCCAUCCACACUCACUCUUUCGCGCUUAUUUCUCCCUCUUCAUUUACUUUUCUCUGCACGCCUGAGAUACUCCUCUGUCGUCUUUCUAUUUCUCUUUUCAAACUUUCCUCUCUCUUCAUAUGUAUAUAUGUCUGUCUCUUCCGCCUCUCCUGGCUAUCUACUGUACAUACACCACAAAACCCCAGUGUCAUAAGCUACCCAUCCCAGUCCCCUCCGCAAUGACACAGUAGCAUCAAUGAUAACAGAACAUAUCCUAGUCGUUCCAGCAUGGUACAUAGUAUAACAUAAGAGAACGACCCAAACCUAGGCGAUAUAACUGGGGGUGUUAGGCGUCCACAAUUAUUACAGUGUAUAUUACAAAAAAAGGAACGGUUUUGAAAUAAGGUGGUUGUCCUAAAGCAAUUGUUUGUUUGUCUUUUGGUUUGACUCAUGCUUUUUUCUAAACCUCGUUUGGUUCUAUUGCAGACUAUAGAAAGCACCUUUUGCAUGUUACGGAAUAACAGGUUACUUGUUGCCACCAGAGUCACACGGUAGACUGUCUAACAAAAUGGCUUCUGGCAACAAUAAUAUUCAGUUUCUCUGUGCUUCUUAUUUAUUAAUUUUAACUUUUAAAAUUGGUGCAAAAUGUAUGUAAAUUACACAGAUAUGUACUUUGUGCUGAUGGCGGUGAAAAGGCUUAAAAAGGGUUUUAUUUUAGUGGAUGGCAUGUAGCAGAAGAUAGAACACAACAAAAGUGGUAUAAAAAUUAUAAUUUAGGGCAUACUGUAGAACACGAAUGAUGCUCUUUGACUGUACUCAUUCUUUAUUAGCUGUAUCAGAGCAUUAGAAUGUUACAAAUUGACAGUGAAUGGGCAAUGUAUUUGUCAACUAUUUUAUGUGGAGAUUUUGUCUUCAGUCAGAAGUGUCUGGUCAUAUGCCAUGCUAUUUAUAUUGUUUAAUGAGUCUGAACUUAAUUUGGUAUUAACAAUACCUGGGCUACCAUGUAGGCUGACAUAAUGGCAGCCAUGUGUAUUUUCAUUUUACUAUAAACAUUUGUUAUUUAAAGCUGAAUCCACAAUGGUGAAAUAAAGUUAAACUGUGAUAACACAAGACACAAGUACUUUAAAUAACAGACACUGUUUUUUUUCUACAUCUGACAUCAUUGCACAUUAAAAUGGCAGAGUAUGUACUGCAUAUUUCUCUACCAAUAUGAUGAAACUUCUUUUGAGAUGUUGCUGUCCUUGGUUUCAUCAUACAAAAAAACUACUUGCAGCCAGUUUCCCCAUGUGGAUCUCAGCUUUAAACGAGCCUCAGAAACAACGAUUUACUUUGAUUUGAUCAUAUACUGUAUAUUUCUGCUGCUAAUUUUGCUGUGUUUAUACUUUUGGUUUGCUAUAAUAUAUUGCUCAGCUGUGGUCUCGAGUUGCAAGUUGAGUUCAGAGAACAGUGAAAUCAGAGUAUGCAUACCAAACAGCAACCCAUUUGCCUAUAUAGUGGACUAUGUUUCGAAAUGAUUGCACUAUAUAUGUAAUGGGGUGUAAUUUUGGACACUAAGUUAGUUAGGGGUCUAUGACCAGUUCAAAAUGAUGCUGGUCGUCAUGAGCAUCAUAAGGGAUAAAACGUCCGUACCCCCUGUACUGCCUUUGCAAUGCAAACAGCCACCUGCAAUGGAAUUUGACCUACAUUCUCUCUAGCGCGUUGACUGUGUACCAGUGUUUGCAUAACUCUCAUCUCUAUGAGUUUUAUUAAGUCAAUAAACGAUUGUGAAAUAAACAUUGA